UCGAAUUACUUAAGCGAAGGGCAUUUUUUAGGUUUAACAAGGAAACGUGUCAUGGCAGAGUUGGAUUUGAGCACGCCAUCUCAGUGUUCAAGCGACAUCGUCGACUUUCUCGAAGACGUCCUUGAAACAGCUGAGCUUCUAAGGGAGAAAAUCGCUGUACUGGUAGCCAGAUACCCAGUGACCGCCAAGGACAACAGCAUCCCCGUUAUCAUAGGGGAAAUUCAGAUGAAAAUAAAGGGAAGACUCGAGUUGGAAAGGAAACUGUUAAAGACGCCAACACCAUCCCCCAGUCCGCCGGUCAGUCCUGACACUGUAGAAGCAACACCGGUAAAAGAGGUGCUGUAUCUUGUGAGCCUCUUUGAGAGCUCUUGUCUUCGCCGACGCACGAUCGAUCAGAUAGGGAAACUAGAGAGUGUUCUACCUCGUAAGAAAACAGUCAAGGUCGCUGUAAGCGUCGAAUGUCUGACAAAUGAAAAGUACGAUGCAGGUAAAAGACUUUUGAGGCUCAAGGAUAAUCAAAAGCAAUAUGAAUCUCUAGACAUUCAGAACCAGUCACGUCCCUAUGACAUCUUUGUAGUGGAUAUUGGCAAGUUGAAUCUGAAUAAUGAAUCCAUUCCCUUUUUUAAUCUGAGGGGGUUUGAGAGUGGAAAAAGUCUCGAGCGAUUUGCAAUGAACCCCAGGGCGUCUAGGCGAUUGAAGAACGAGGACGCGACCGAAAGAUUCGCUACAGCGAUUAAGAUCUCGGCCGCGAAUUACGCGCACUGGAGUGCUAUGUACUACAAGUCCGUGGCGAAUAAAGACAACAAUUCCCUCCAGCGUCAUUUACGACAGUAUGUUAAAGAUCCCCUUCACAGCAAAGGGGUCAUCUACUGCUGUCAAGUUCGCACAUCUGAUGAAAAGGGAGACCCAAGCGCCCAAAUGCUAAUCGGGAAGGCACAAGGGAGCUUCAUAGAAGAUAUCAAGAGUAUUCUCGCGCAAACAUCUACCGAGAAGGCGUCUCUUUUCCAACUAACUCUUUCAAAUCAGAUGACUUGGUCGAAUCUAACAGAAAAUGGCUCAGAAACUGGCUCAAGUCGACAAAGCAGCGCAGCAACAACCGCUGAUUCUAACGCUCAAGUCAUCGGGCUCAUUCUAGAUUUUGGUUACCCAGAAUGCUUAGUGGAGGAACUCAAAGGAAGCCUAGACAUGGGUGACCGUCUUUCGACACUAGAGAAAAAAUACAUCAAAUACUUUGGCGCCAAAAGUCCGCUUGGACUCAAUAAUGGAUUAGAUGAUUGACAUAUUGCUAUUGUAUAGACAUUUACUUGUUUUUCUUGCAAGGGUUAUGGCUAAUUUGAAAUAUUUCUGCUAUAAGAUCUGUAGUAAUUCUGAUAGAUGCUAGAAAAUUUGUAAUACUUACAGCUCGUCAUUUCGUCUCAGAUUACUUUUCUUCAGUUGCGUCAAGUCAUAGUACUGCUCAAUCGGAAGACCCCUGGAAUGAACAAAGAGAGCUUAGACAAUACACGUGGUAAAAAAAAUUAGGUGGUCUGCGUAGAUGCUGCGGAAGGAAAAUAAAUCAGCAUACGGCUGAAAGUUUAUGUUAAA